GGCUGACGCUACCGGGCUGGAGAGGCUGUUUGCGGCGUGAGCUAAAGAUGAAUACCAGAGGACUUGGAUCUCAGCUAAAGGACAGUAUUCCAGUUACUGAGCUAUCAGCAAGUGGACCUUUUGAAAGUCAUGAUCUCCUUCGAAAAGGUUUUUCUUGUGUGAAAAAUGAACUUUUGCCCAGUCAUCCUCUUGAAUUAUCAGAAAAAUUCCAGCUCAACCAAGAUAAAAUGAAUUUUUCCACACUGAGAAACAUCCAGGGUCUGUUUGCUCCACUAAAAUUGCAAAUGGAAUUCAAGGCAGUGCAACAGGUUCAGCGUCUUCCAUUUCUUCCAAGCUCAAACCUUUCACUGGAUAUUUUGAGGGGUAAUGAUGAGACUAUUGGAUUUGAAGAUAUUCUUAAUGACCCAUCACAAAGUGAACUAAUGGGAGAACCACACUUGAUGGUGGAAUAUAAACUUGGUUUACUGUAACGCACUGAGCUGACCAUGGAAAUGGAGGGGCUACAUCUUGUUUAUAGUCAUCUUUUUGCUAUAAUUUUAUGUAUACAACAUUAAAAGUACUGACACCUGAAAAA